UACAAGCUUAAUUAACCCAUCUCUGAAUCUCUAAAUCUCCAUUAGUCUGACAUUAUAUUGCUUUCAGGAUGAGUGCUGGAGCUGCUCUGAGGACUUUUUCCUUCUUCUUCAUAGUUAUCAAUUUUAAAGUCUCUGGUUUGAGCUCUGAUGGGGAAGCUCUGCUUUCUCUUCUCAAGAACUGGUCAGUACCUCCUUCAAUCAAAUCGAGUUGGAACCCCUUAGACUCCACUCCAUGUUACUGGCAUGGAAUACAUUGUGACCCCAAACAGAAUGUGAUCUACAUGAACAUUUCCAAUCAUGGGAUAGCAGGUCAAUUGGGACCAGAGGUUGGCCAGUUAAGAUAUCUCAGAGAGAUUGAUAUCAGCAAUAACAGUCUUUCGGGUUUAAUCCCGAAAGAGUUAGGGAAUUGUAGUCUACUUGAACAUUUGGAUCUAUCAAAUAACAGUUUCAGUGGGGAGAUACUAGAAAGCUUGACAAAGUUGCAGAAUCUGAGGUAUUUAUCACUUUUUGAGAAUUCACUAAGUGGAGAAAUACCAGAGUCAUUGUUUUGGAUUCCCCAUCUCUCAGAGAUUUAUUUUAGUUACAACAAUUUCACUGGUUCAGUCCCACUGAACUUAGGAAACGUGUCUGAACUUACAUCUCUAUGGUUGGAUAAUAAUCGAUUAUCGGGUGCCAUACCUUAUUCCAUCGGAAAUUGUUCUAAACUGACAGAAGUGUAUCUCCAGAAAAACCAGUUUGUUGGAGUUUUGCCUCACAGUCUUAACAAUCUUGAGCUUCUUCAGUAUUUUGAUGUCAGUAGGAACAGUAUCAUGGGUUCGAUUCCUUUGGGUUCAGGAAAAUGUAAGGAACUGAAAGAGCUGACUCUUUCCUACAACAGUUUGAGUGGGCAAAUCCCUUCAGGCAUCAGCAACUGCAGUAGCUUGACUGUAUUUUCAGCUGCAAGUAAUAGUUUAACAGGUCAGAUCCCAUCUUCCUUUGGCUUACUCUCUAAGCUUUGGCUUCUUUUCAUUGCUCAAAACUCAUUAUCUGGAAAAAUACCACCUGAGAUUGGUAAUUGUAGUUCCUUGAUUGAAUUUGAUUCAUACAGAAACCGACAUGAAGGUGAGAUUCCAAAUGAAUUGGGGAGGUUGCAGAGUUUGCAGGAACUCAGGUUGUUUAGCAAUUAUCUGACUGGAGAGAUACCAGUGAGCAUUUGGAGGAUUCCAACCCUUACAGUUAUACUUGUUUAUAACAACAGUUUAACUGGGGAACUACCCUUAGAGAUGACCAUGCUUCGAAACUUGAGGAAUAUUUCCUUGUUCAAAAACCAUUUUUCUGGACUCAUACCUGAAGGAUUAGGUGUUAAUAGUAGUCUAGAGCAAUUGGAUCUCACAAACAACAAGUUUUCGGGCAAAAUCCCACCAAAUCUCUGUUUCGGAAAGCGAUUGAAAUUUAUGGAUUUGGGCUUCAAUCUACUUGAAGGUAGUAUACCUUCAGAUGUCGGCAGUUGUUCGACCUUGAGAAGGUUGAUUCUUCAACAGAAUAAUCUUACUGGUUCACUUCCCAAGUUUGCGAGAAACCAACACCUACGAUACAUGAACAUUCAGGGAAAUAACAUCAUUGGAGAAAUUCCAUCAAGCAUUGAGAACCUUACCAAUAUAACUACAAUUGAUUUGUCUAGAAAUAACCUGAUAGGUCUUAUACCUCAAGAACUGGGGAACCUUGUGCAUCUUGAGGUUCUUAAUUUGUCUCGUAACCAUUUGCAAGGUCCAUUGCCUACACAAAUCUCAAAUCUUACCAAGUUGUAUUCACUGGAUGUGGGUUUCAACUCAUUGAAUGGUUCAAUUCCAUUGAGUUUAAGGAGCUUGACAGAAUUAUCAGUAUUGAUACUGAAAGAAAAUCAGUUCACCGGUGGAAUCCCAGAUUGGUUUUCAGAAUUUGAUAAGCUUUUAGAGCUACAGAUUGGAAGGAAUUUUCUUGGGGGAAGCAUCCCUCCAUCAAUUGGACAAUUGCAGAGCCUGGUUUAUGCCUUGAAUCUAAGCGAUAAUGGAUUGACAGGAACCAUUCCUGCACAGUUGGAGAAGUUGAAAAUGCUACAAAGAUUGGAUAUAUCUCAAAACAAUCUAAGUGGAAGUUUAGCACCACUUGAAGGACUCGACUCCUUACUUGAGGUGAAUGUAUCAUAUAAUCUUUUCAGUGGGCCAAUACCGGAUACUCUGAUGAAAUUACUUUACUCCUCUCCAUACUCAUUUCUAGGAAAUGCUGGCCUUUGUGUUUCUUGCUGGACAAGAGCUGGCUCAUCUUGCAGUGGCAACAGAAAUUUGAGUAUAUGUGGUCAUGAGAAAUCAAUUGAUCAGAAAGGCCUUAAUAAUGUAAAGAUUAUAUUGAUAGUUCUUGGUUCAUUUCUAUCUUGUGUGAUAAUAGUUCUUUUGCUAAUUUAUAUGCUUCUGAGGAGUAGAAGGCCAAAACCAGAAGUUGAAAUGUAUGAUUGCAAUAAUUCCAAUUUUCCAUUGCACGAAGUGAUGAGGGUCACUGAGGAUCUGAAUGAAAGAUUCAUUAUUGGCAGAGGAGCUCAUGGAAUUGUUUACAAGGCUUCAAUGUGUACUGAAAGAAUAUAUGCUGUAAAGAAAAUUCUGUUUGCCGGCAAAAAAGGAGCUAACAAAAGCAUGAUUAGAGAAAUCGAGACUGUUGGGAAGAUCAGGCACCGCAAUCUGGUGAAACUGGAAAGUUUCUGCUUUGGAAAAAACUUUGGGUUUAUUAUGUAUAGGUUCCUAGAGAAUGGAAGCCUUCAUGAUGUACUCCAUGAGAACUAUCUGGCUCCAGUUCUCCGAUGGGAUGUGCGUUACCGAAUUGCAGAGGGAACUGCCCAGGGAUUAGUUUAUCUUCAUCAUGACUGUGAUCCUUCCAUUGUACAUCGAGAUAUCAAACCAAAGAACAUACUUUUGGACUCAGAAAUGGAGCCUCAUAUCUCUGAUUUUGGCAUUGCAAAACUAAUGGAUCGGUCACCAGCUUCCGUUCAUUCUGUCACAGUUUCAGGCACAAUUGGAUAUAUCGCUCCUGAGUGUGCAUUCACAACGUCGAGGUGCAAGGAAUCGGAUGUGUACAGCUAUGGAGUUGUUCUGCUUGAGUUGAUCACUAGGAAGAAAGCAUUAGAUCCAUCAUUACCGGAGGACACAGAUAUAGUGAAUUGGGUGCGUUCUACAUGGAGGAGUGGAAAAUCCAUCGAUGAAAUUGCUGAUCCGAGUCUCAUGGAAGAACUCAUUGUUCCAGUGGUCAUGAAAGAAGUGGUUGAUGUGCUCCUGUUGGCUCUGAGAUGUACAGAAAAACAGCCAAGUGAUAGACCAACAAUGAGGGAUGUGGUGAAGCAAUUAGUAGAUACAAGGGUUCAGGUUAGAAGACAAACAAGAUAGCUACAAAAUCUGUUGCUGAAUAAUUACCCCAACUUAGUUGCUAGUAUUGCUCUUGCUGUCACAUAUCCAUCUGUAACCUUAUUUGGCCUAUGUUUUAGAUCCCCUGAUAAGUUCAGGAAUCUUGUAAAUUUAUGUUGCUUUCAUUUGUAAUGCAGGGCCAUAGAGAGACUGAAAUUUUCAGACUGUAAUUAGUUGUAAUAUUGGGUCUGAAUUACUGUGGCUGUCUUUGCCUUGGAACUCCUCUGGGGAA